UGGAUCUCUCUCUCUCUCUCUCUCUCUCUCUCUCUCUCUCGCUCGCGCUCGCCGUAGAGCUUAGAGAGCGGUAUUCCUCUCAGAUCUCAAGAUCUAUCGCGCACACGAUCUCUCAUCACUUUAAUUCAGAAUGUUGCAACUGUGAAUGAGGUGAUCUUAUUGUUUUGAAGGCUGAAAAGUAUGUCAAGAAGAGCAGUUAAUCCCAAUCGGCGGUUGGUAGACAGCGGGAGUAACCCGCUUGUUGGUUCACUCCAUCAGAAGUCACGUUCUUCGCCCUUACUCUCUGUUGGGUUGGUUCUUUUGGGUGCGUUUCUUCUGAUUGGUUACUCCUAUCAUGGCUCAGGUGGCUUUGGUGGUGGUAGAGAAGCUAUAAGCAAGGUUGAAGGUGCCUCUUGCACAUCAGAAGUUAUACGGGCAAUACCUUUCUUACAAAAAGCUUAUGGUGACACUAUGCAAAAAGUUCUUCAUGUGGGACCCAAUGCCUGUUCGGUGGUUUCUAUGCUAUUGAAAGAAGACAACACUGAAGCCUGGGGUGUGGAACCUUAUGAUUCAGAGGAUGCUGAUAGUAGCUGCAAAAGCCUUGUGCGAAAGGGCUUUGUGCGUGUAGCCGAUAUUAAGUUCCCUUUGCCCUACCGACCAAGAUCUUUUAACCUUGUCAUAGUUUCAGAUGCUUUGGAUUAUUUAUCACCAAAGUACCUUAACAAAACCCUUCCGGACUUGGCAAGGAUUUCAGCUGACGGCCUAGUUAUAUUUGCUGGUUUUCCAGGUCAGCAGAGAGCUAAGGUUUCUGAGCUAUCAAAAUUUGGAAGACCGGCUAAAUUAAGGAGCUCGUCAUGGUGGAUCCGAUACUUUGUUCAGAGCGGCUUAGAAGAGAAUGAAGCUGCGAUAAAGAAGUUUGAGCAGGCUGUGAGCAAGAGAUCUUACAACCCCAGCUGCCAAGUAUUCCAUCUUACCUCAUAGCCGUGUGUUGAUUAAGUUGGAUGCUUCAAAUUUGGUCAAGUUUUGCUCCAUUUGUCGUCUUUUUUUUGGGGGGGGCGGAAGAAAGAAAUAUGCUUUAGUUGUAAGAAUCCUGUUACUAGAUGCUCAAUUCGACACAGAAGAUAUUGUUUAUUAAUUUGUUCUCAAAUUUAUCAGCCGAGGAUAGAUUUGGGUACACUGAUAUGUUACUGUAAACAUCAAGUUGAUGGCUUGCUUUAGCUAUCAACAAUUUGUUUUCUAGGUGCAAUUUUACUUCAUGGUGCUUUCGGUUA